AUGUCGGUUACCCUGGACAAUAUCACUUAUCCCGAAUGCCCGCCACAGCCCCCACCAGUCUCAAUAGGAUAUGCGUAAGUUGUGAAAAGGGAAAAAUAAAAUAAAAAAAGCAAAAAAUGAAGUCUAUUUUUUAUAAAAAAAAAUUUUUUGGAUAUUUAUUUUUUUAUUAUAAUUUAGGAAUAGUUUUGGUCUCUAAAUAUGUUUUUCUUUUUUAGGAACUUUUUACUAUUUUUUUACCUCGUUGAGCAAUUUUGAUUUUUUCAAUAUUUUUUUUUAUUUUUUCAAAAGCGGUUUAUUUAUUUUUUAUUAUUUUUUCGUUAAGCAAUUUUUAUUUUUUUAUUUAUUUAUUUUUUUUUUUGAUUUUUUAAAUUAUUCUGUGUUAUUUUUAAAUACCGUAUUUUACCCAAAAACAUUUUUCAGAAUAUUCAGUCAAUUUGUCAACGGCUUCCUCACUUCAAUAUGCGUUGCCGUCGGCACCGUCGGCAAUUUCUAUUCGGUUCGCUCGAUAAAACUGUCGAAUUUCGAUAAAAAUUCGAAUCGCGGUGUCACGCUGGCCUUCUCGAUUGUCACGCUGGCCAUCUGGGACUCGAUCCUUCUAUGGUUCGCCUUCUUUUACUACGGUUUCAAGAACCUGGUGCACGCGGAAUACUUGAGUUUUGUCAACAUUUUCACGCCUUAUAUGCAUGGCUGCUCGCAAGUCGCGAAUACGGCGUCGGUAGGUUUGGAAUGGGACCUUCCCUCAGGCAUUUUUUCAAACAAUUUUUAAAAAAUUUUGAUUUUUCUUUUUUUUUUUGAAAUUUUUUCAUUUAAAAACCCCAAAAUUUCAUCUCAAAUUUUUUGAUUUCAGAUCUGGUGUGUUGUUGCAAUAACAGUCCAACGGUAUUGGGCGACCCGAGACCCUUUUCGGACCACGCGAUGGCUUCUUCACAUAACCUCGGCGGAAUUAAAAGAGUAUGCCCCGAUUCGGUCGUCAUUACGGUAGGCGGAGAAUGGUUGAACCUGUCCUUGGCUUAUGUCCUCGCUGUCGUUUCUUACUGUAAUUUCGAGUGCUUUCGCGAAAAUGAGCGCUAUUUUUUCGGAGGGUUCCUCUAACAACUUUUGUUUCGUUUUUCUAAAUUUUUUUUGAAAAUUUUAAUGUCAGUUUGGCUUCUGGAUAACGACUUAAAAUUAGAAUUUUUGUUUAUUUUCAAAAAAAUCAAAAAAUCUUUCAAAGUGGACGUUUUAUACGAUGAAACAUGUUUAAGCAUGUUUCAUAGUAUAAAAUGUCACUCUCUUUUAAUUUUACGUACGUUGUCAACGUAGGCCUGACCAGUAACUGCAAACAUUAACUUUCGCUUCGAGGGUGACAUUUUAUACGACAAAACAUGUUCAGAUAUUUUUCAUCGUAUAAAAUGUCACUUCCCUAAAAUUUUGUGCACAUGCUGUAAAUAGGCCAUAAAUCAAUCUUUUUCAAUUUUAAGCUGACCUUUGCACCAGAGAAAAGAUAUUCAACAAUCUUUAUUACGAGAGAGUACGCAAAUUUAGGAGUCGGCCAGACAAAAAAUAUUCGUGCUUUGUUAUCCAGAUGUUUAACUCUAUCCAUUUCCCUUGAACCCAUUCCGAUUAUUUGUAUGUUUCAGCCAUUUUUCCGCUUGCCGUGCUGACGUUUGGUUUUUACCCAAGUUUUUUUUUACUUUGAUUUUCACUAUUUUUGGCUUUGUUUGCAAUUUUUGGCUACGCUUUCUGAUACCACAUUGGUUGGCAAGCUUUGCUAACUUCGCUGACACCUAUUUUGUGCUUUUUUGAGGAAAAAAAUUAUAUUAUCCAUAAUAAAUUUAUCUUGGAUAAUAUGAAUUUUCAAAAAAUUUUACAAAAUUUUUCGCCCAAACAUGAAAGUUUUGCCCCAGUUUGCAGUGAAAGCAAUGUAAAACAUUUGCCGGAACGUAUUUUACCAUAAAAUCUUACUUUCAGACAUCAUCGAGCAUUAAUAAAUUCGUUUCGAGGGGAUCGACGCAAAUCUUCCUCGUUCUAUUUCUGCACAAUGUAUCGAAAACAGCUGGCAAUGCCGCUGGCAUUGAGUUUUCUGGCCAUUUUUGUGAACAUCCCGGCGUUUUUUGAGGUCACAACCAUAACUUGCUACAGGAUAUUGACGAAAAGGGUGGUUUAUGUGGUAAGCUUCUUAAAAGAAAGAAAUGGGGAAAAACUUUUUUUCUAUUUGGCUAUUUGGCACAGUUUAUGAAAAUUCCUUAAAGUGACAUUUUAUACGACAAAACUCGUCUAGACAUCUUUCAUCGUAUAAAAUAUCGCUUUCUCAAAUUUUGCAUAUGCUAGCUGCAGAAGUACACUUUAAAAUUCAAAAUGUGACUUUCGAUUUCCUAAAAAAGUCGAAUUUUCUAUUGAAGGAGACAUUUUAUACGACAAAACUUGUCCAGACAUCUUUCAUGGUAUAAAAUGUAUUUUCCUCCAAAUUUUGCAUAUAUUCUGUGCAGAAAUCCGUUAUUGAAAUUCUAAUUUUGGCUUCCACUUCCUAAAAGUCUAGUUUUCUCUUCAAGGAGACAUUUUAUACGACAAAACUUGUCCAGACGUCUUUCAUCGUAUAAAAUGUCACUUCAUUCAAAAUUCCCAUAUUUUUUCUAGAAAUCUUCUGGCUUUAGCUUAGACUCUUGCACUGCUAAUUAGAAAAUCUGAUUAGCUCUCGGAGACGACAUUUUAUACGACUAAAUUUUCCUAGACAUGUUUCAUCGUAUAAAACGGCACUUUUUCAAAUUUAAGAUCGUCUGCGCAAUAUUUAGUUGGUAAAAUACGUUUUUCAUUGUUGACCUUUUCUAAAAUCGACAUAUUUGUAGCUAAAAAUCUCGGGGAUGCGUCUCAGCCCCAUCUACACACUAUGGUACAAGGUUGUGUUCCGGAUGCUGAUCACAACUUGCGGUCCAAACAUUUGCAUAUUACUGUUGACAAUACGAACGGUUAUGUUGUUACGGGGCUCCACAAAAAGUCGACGGCAUUUAUUCCAAAUGAGCGACUCGUUAAUCGACCGGUAUUCCUCAAAGUAAGCAUUUGCGCCAUUUUUUGGACAAAAAAUUAGAUUUUUUUCACUUAAUUUGCAAUUUUUGCAGAGCAACAAUGCUGACAAUGAUCUCAAUUAUGUUGGUGGUGAAAUUUCUGGCCUUCCGGAGUCUAUCUUUCAUGGUGAGUUUGUAAAAUACGGUCCUUGUUUAAACGUUUUCAUAAAAAAAAAUGUCAAGCAUAAUAAAAAACGCCUAAUUCCCAUGAUUUUAGCUGGAUAUUUGGGAGCUGUUGUUCGGAUUCGGCGAGAAUAUCCGUGUUUUCGUCUACCUAGUCGACCUCUCCAAUAUUAUGAUCCUGUUGAACAGCUCGACAAACUGUUUUAUUAUUUUUUGGUGCUCAAAAUGGCUGCAGGAAAAGAUUGUGCAACGGAAUACGUUGAAAAGAGAGAAACUGAUUUGUGGAGAAGGGUAAGCUACUACUGCUUAGUAAUUCGUAAUUUUGCAUUAAAAAUGUCUUAACAUUGUACAGCGGACCUGAUAAAUUGGCAAAAAAUGUACCAUUUUGGAUCCGGGAAGUAUCAAAAAUGCGGCAAAGUGCUUCCCUCUCCAAGUGAAAAAACUCCGAUUUCAAAAGCACUUUUUAUGAGGGAAAGGGCGCGCAUUUCAAAACGAAGUUUUUUUCUUGUAGUGGGAGGUAUUUUGCCACAUUUUUAAUACUUCCCGAAUGCAAAAUUAUAAGUUUUUUGCCAAUGGAUCAGGUCCCUCGCUGUACAGUAAAAACUCGGUAUAACAAAUCGCUAGGAUCAAAAAAUGUAUUUGCCAUAGAAAUAUUUUGUUGUAUGGAAGUUUAACUGCAAGUAUAGUGUCUAUCGUAGGCUAAAAAAUUUUAAGAAAAAGGGGUUUUUCCGCUUGAAAUUGACAAGGGUGACUAAAAAAAUCAACUUUUCUAUGGCUGGCCGAUCAAUUUUCUUGGCUGUCUCAUCUGCAAAGGUUGUUGAAUAUCUCAGCUGACUUUGCAACGCGCUAGCUAAAAUUUUCAAGAAUUGAUCUGCGAGCUAGGCCCAGUAUCUGUACAAAUUUUGACAAAAAUCUGAGCCUUGGAACACUUCACUUGCUAGUUUUUUCAAAAAUUUUGGGCCGUAGCUUAUCGUUAGAUACUUUACUUUGUAUAAUAACUUCAUUUUUUCCAAUUUUUUACUCUUUCCUUGUGAUUUUUUGGGCACUCCACAACAUAUCUCGUAUUUUACAAAUCCUUCAAAAACCACUUCACUUACAAACCCAUUUUUUUAGCAACUGGUUCGCCUCCAUGGACCGAAUAAACCUCCUCCACAAAUCCUGGCGCCAACUCGUCUCGCACACUCACGAUCAAGUUGGCCAACGAGUCCUCUACGCCAUGCUGAUCGGGAAUCCACAAGUCUUCUCGAUGUUCCGACAGAUCUGCAAGUCCUCGGAGACCGGCACUCCCGUCCAGUGCAACCGCAACAAACGGGUGGUCCGCCUCACCUCCUCGGCACGGAUGCCAACCUCUCCGUCGAUGGAUUGGGACCCGUUGGGUCGCCUCCAUCCCGAGAGUAUCUCCAUUUCGGCGACUGUGAACGAGACGAUCGACGACCGGUAUCGUCAUUCGCCGAAGCCGGUGCAAAUCGUGGUCCCGAUUAUGAAACAGGACGAGGGAGAGGUGUUCGCGUCCGCCGAGGACCUGCUCAACAUUCCAAGCACGUCGUCGGAGGGCGAAAACACUGUCAGGUUUCUGCUGGAUGCGGAAACAGUCCGGCAGACGGCUUCGCCGAGGUAAGAGGAGCAUAAGUUAUGAGAAAUAGCAGGCUUUUAAAACUAUGACAAAAAAAUUAAAACCCAGCGAAAUUAGAGGGCCAAAAAGGCUUAAAAAUGUCAUAACUGAAAGCUCAACCCAUCAAUUUCCUUAAAAUUUCGCAUAGACCUUCUACAUAGCCCACGUAUCAAUCACUAAAACUUCUGGCGCAUUUUAUAGCCCAGCAGCUGAGAUUUUGAACAAUUUUUUCUCAAAGACACCAAAAAAUCAUUUUCAUUUUUUUCAUUGUUCCACUGAAUAUACGUAUUGGCAUGAAUUAGCCGAGUUCCAUUUGGUUGUUGACCCAUAAGGAAGGGGUAUCAGUUUGCAAAAUAAAUAUGCGAUUGGGAGCUUGAGUACACAAAACUUUUUUGUUUAUAAUAAUAUUAUAAUAUAGUUUACGGUAGUCUACAAGGCUUAGGGGAGUUUCUGAGGCGUAUAUAAACAGAUAAGAUAUCCAUUUGCUAUUUACGAAGACGACAGACCAAUUUUUCGAUUUUUUAUUUUGAACAUGUUUCAUCGUAUAAACUGUCACCUUUGCAAAAAAGUGUUUGAGAAAUGCCAGAAAACGUCUUUGUCGGCGUAUUUUACCUAUAGUAUGUUGACAAUAUCGUUUCUUGAUAUUUAAUCCCAGACAUCUUUCAUCGUAUAAGAUGUCAUUUUGGCGGUAAAUGGCCCGUAUGUGCCGGGAAAGACAUUAAAAUAGCUUAGGGAGUAAUGGUAAUUUAUUUCUGACAGUUAGUUACUCAAAAAGUUUCAUUUUUUUGCUGAAAAAAUCAUUAAAAAUCAUUUUGAAAUUAUAAAAUCCCAAAAUUUCAGACCCUCAUCCCCAGCCAGCACAACAUGUUCAACGUCCUCCAAAUCCCACAAUCAUCAUAAAAAGAUGAAAAAGUCCAAUUCCGCCGUUCCCGUGGAGUCGCAAGUCAAGUACUACUCCUGCCCGAUGACCGACGAGGAGCGCAAAGAAAAGCCGGUCGAGAUUUUGAUGAAUCGACAAUUCAACAAGAUCUCCGAGCAAAUCACCACCUUCAUCGACGACACCAUCCAGGACAUGCGAAAAGGAACGUCGGAGGCCGAGGUCUCGCAGAGCAUCCGCAAGUUGGGCGACUUGCACUACGAAAAGGGGAUUUUGAUCCCGCCCACGGCCUGGAGGGACUUCAAACAGAGCAUUUUCAAGGGCUUGGAGGAGUGCAGUUAUAAUAAUGAGCAUGUAAGAGACUUGAAAAAAGUGAUGCAAAGGGAAUAGAGGUGAAAAAUUGAAAAGUAAAAAAAUGGAAGUAAAAAAUUUAAAAUUUGAAAAUCUCGAAACCUGAGGCUCCGAUUUUGCCCAAAUUUGGAAUAUUUCAUCUAAAUGGACUUCAGAUAAAUCACUGAAAUUUUCAGCUCAGGCUUUGCUUUCUUAGCCGAGAUAUUCAACAAUCUUUUUUGAGAGAGAGAGCAUAAAAAUGAGGAGAGACAAGCAGAGAAAAAAAAACAAUUUUUGGCUCUAUCAAAUUUCCAAUGAAAAUUUUGAUUUUGUAGUAGAAAUAUUAUAUACUUAACUCUUUUAAUUAAGGUACAAAAUGACAAAAAAAAAUAAAAUUUUUCGAAAUUUUUGAUUAAAAAUUGUCAUGAUUUUCCAAAAAAACUUGAUCUAAAAGACUCGAAAAUACGUUCAAAAAAUCCUGUACAGUUUUCUUAAUAUCCAAGGGAUCCAAGGAACAAAAUACCUCAGUGACUUUUUUCGUAUUUUACCUUGAUCAGCCUGCCCUAAACUUUGCCCUAAUCCUUCAAAACCUCUCCUUUUUCCAGGAGCGCCGUCUCGUAAUGGAGACCUGGAACUCCUUCAUCGCCAUGUUCAUCCGCGAAAUGAAACUCUCCAUGCUGGGUGCGAGCAAUAAUGGGACUCAGCCGAACGUGCAUCACAAAUUCUCCACAGUCAGCCAAUGUGGGAACUUUGAGAGAAGAUGA